CUUGAGAAGUGAAAAAGAUAUGCAUGGAUUGAUUCAAUCUCAUGAUUGUUGUAAUAUUGAUGGUACCAUGAUUGAGAGUAAGUCAAGUGUUUCUUAUCUUGGCAUUAGUUUCUCGUCAAAUCUUUGCUGGUCGUCUCAUAUUCUUAUAGUUUCUAAGAAAGUUUUCCGUCUGACUUAUUACAUAAAGAAGUUGAGACACUCAGGUAUAACUCAAUCUCUUAUCAUACAAUUUAUUAAUUCAUGUGUUUUGCCCAUCAUUCUUUAUUGUUCUCCAUUAUUCUUCCCUGGGCUACUCAAGAAAGAUCAUAUAAUACUACGAAGAACAUUGAGGGCUGUAAGUAGGGUCAGUGCUAUCCCUUUGACUGAACUAAAUGACACUGUUGUCAAUAGGCAUAUGAAUUCUUGUAAACACUUAGCUAAAGUUAUCUUAUCUGAUAGUGAACAUCCUCUUUAUUCACAAUUGUUUCCUUGUAUCUCUUCGGGUAAGACCAGAAGAAAUUUUAUAAACAUUUAUGCUCGUACUACAAAAUAUAAAAAUUCGACCGUUCCAUAUUUGGCACGAGUAUUGUGUGAAGAGACAAAUAUCAGAAAAGAACUUUUACAACUUUUGAAUCAAUAACUAAACUAUAAAAUGAAAUGAUGCAUAUUAAUGCAUGUGUUAUUUGUUAUAUUAUUUAUUUAUUAUUCACUAUGACCUAGAAAUGGUAUGAUUUUGUUGGGUUUUUUUAUUUUUUUUAUUUUUAUUUUUUUUUAUUAUUUUUUCCUAUUAACUAUCAAUAUUUUAACAUUUUAUAUAUUUAUAUAAUUAUAAACAGAGCUAAACCAUUGCAAUAUGUAAAAGAAACGCUGAAAAUUCCAUGCUGUAAAUUGUUAUUGUUGUGGAAUAAAGUGAUUAUUAUU